AUGUUACCACAUUCAAUCGCCCUCCGAGGGGCAUUACGUAGCCUCCGAGCUCGUCCAACCCUCCCCCACCAAAGAUUCUUCGGUGCAUCGGCCCGAUACCAAGAGAAGCCGCAGGCAUCCUUCAAAAGUCAGCUCUACGAGAGCACCCAACAACGUCUGAAACGCGAGCGGGCCGAACAGGAACGUUUCGCGCAAUACCAAACCCAGUCUCCCGGUGGCCGAUAUGCCGCCCUUGUCUUUGCUUUGGUCUUCUUCUCUACCGGUGCUUAUUAUCUCGGAUCGCUUAAGCCCGCUGCCCUCCCUACCUCUUCUACAAGUCCGUUGGUAGAUAUCCAACCCGCUCAGCAUAAUGUUUCUCCGUCGAAUCUGCAGGCUGCUUGGUCCGAUUUCGUGGAGAUUCUAGGCAAGGAAAAUGUCUCGACUACUCCGGGCGAUCUGGAGUCGCAUGCUGGGUCAGAUUGGUCUUCAUAUUCGCGGAAGGAAAACGAGAAGCCUUUUUUGAUUCUCUACCCGUCUACUACUGAGGAGGUUUCUCGGAUUAUGAAGGUUUGCCACCAGCGGGUUAUUCCCGUCACCCCGUACUCGGGCGGUACAAGUUUGGAGGGUCAUUUCGCACCGACCCGUGGUGGUGUGUGCAUUGACUUCCGUCGUAUGGAUCGCAUCCUGAAGUUGAACAGGAGCGAUCUCGAUGUUGUGGUCCAGCCGGCACUGGGAUGGGAGGAGCUGAACGAGGAGCUGACCAAGGAUGGUCUCUUCUUCCCUCCUGACCCAGGUCCUGGCGCUAUGAUCGGUGGCAUGGUUGGAACGGGCUGCUCAGGAACAAAUGCGUACCGCUACGGAACGAUGCGCGAGUGGGUUCUCUCGCUGACUGUGGUUCUGGCUGAUGGAACAGUUAUUAAGACCCGUCAACGCCCACGCAAGUCUAGUGCUGGCUACGAUCUGACCCGGAUGUUCAUUGGUAGCGAGGGAACUCUUGGUCUUGUGACAGAGGCAACUCUGAAACUGACCGUCCGACCACAGAGCGAGAAUGUGGCCGUGGCCAGCUUCGCUAGCAUCCAGAAUGCCGCGGACUGUGUUACUAAAGUUGUGGAAGCUGGUAUUCCUGUCGCAGGAGUGGAGAUUCUGGAUGAUGUGCAGAUGAAGUGCAUCAAUGCCAGCCAGAGUACUAGCCGCCAGUGGAAGGAGUCCCCUACCAUCUUUUUCAAAUUCACCGGAACUAAAUCAGCCGUCAAAGAGCAGAUCAGCAUGGUUCAGAAGCUCGCCGCUAGCGCCUCAGGAAAAACCUUUGAGUUUGCCAAUGGCGAGGAGGAAAUGAAAGAACUCUGGAGCGCUCGGAAAACAGCUCUGUGGAGUGUGAUGGCCAUGCGGAGAGGACCUGAAGAUCGUGUGUGGACAACUGACGUGGCUGUUCCUAUGAGCAGACUGCCGGAUAUCAUCGACGCGACCAAGGAGGACAUGACCAAGAGUGGAUUGUUGGCUGGAAUUUGUGGUCAUGUUGGAGAUGGAAACUUCCACGCAAUUAUCCUAUUCAAUGAGAAAGAAAAGAAGGUGGCCGAGGAAGUCAUUCACCGUAUGGUCAAACGGGCCGUGGAGAUGGAGGGAACCGUAACGGGAGAACACGGUGUCGGUCUGGUGAAGCGGGAUUAUCUUGCCCAUGAGCUGGGUGAGACUACAGUGGAUGCAAUGCGUCGAUUGAAAUUGGCCUUUGAUCCCCUGCGUCUGCUCAACUGCGACAAGGUUGUUCGAACGGAGCAACCUGGUCCUGGCGAGGUUAAGGAGUGGUAG